AUGUCGAUCGAUGACAGUUAUAUCAAUCGGCGUGGUUUGGUGGCUGAGGCACCUCCUCCCGGUUACUUUGUACGGUUGGAGAACAAGAGUGCUGAAGACGAUCUUUAUUUGAGAAAGAGAACAAGGAUGCGGAGGUGGCUGUGUUGCACCUGUCAAGUAGAGGAGUCCUAUCAGCCCCAUGAAAAUGAGCACCUGAAGAGCCCAACAACUCACGCUGAUGGACAUCAAAGAGGCUCUAAAGCUUCAGCUCCAGUGAAGCAUGAGGUUCAGAAGGCAGUACCUCCUAUUGAGGUGCCUGCUCUGUCAUUAGAGGAACUGAAAGAGAAAACAGACAACUUCGGUUCAAAGGCAUUGAUUGGUGAAGGAUCUUACGGAAGAGUAUACUUUGCUCAGCUGAAUGAUGGAAAAGAGGUUGCUGUCAAGAAGCUUGAUGUGUCCUCUGAGCCUGAUUCGAAUGUUGAGUUCUUGACACAGGUUUCGGUGGUGUCAAAUCUGAAGCAUGAAAAUCUUGUUGAAUUGCUUGGCUACUGUGUAGAUGGCAAUCUACGUGUAUUAGCUUAUGAAUUUGCAACCAUGGGAUCUCUCCAUGACAUUUUGCAUGGUAUGAAAGGAGUGCAAGGAGCACAGCCUGGGCCAGUACUUGACUGGAUGCAAAGGGUAAGAAUUGCUGUUGAUGCUGCGAGGGGACUGGAAUAUUUGCAUGAGAAGGUACAGCCUUCAAUAAUUCACAGAGAUAUCCGAUCCAGCAAUGUGCUUCUUUUUGAAGACUAUAAAGCCAAGAUAGCAGAUUUCAACCUUUCAAAUCAGGCUCCUGACAUGGCUGCCCGUCUUCAUUCUACUCGAGUUCUAGGAACCUUCGGUUAUCAUGCUCCAGAAUAUGCAAUGACAGGACAGUUGACACAGAAGAGUGAUGUUUAUAGUUUUGGGGUUGUUCUGCUUGAGCUUCUGACUGGAAGGAAGCCUGUCGAUCACACCAUGCCACGUGGGCAGCAGAGUCUUGUUACCUGGGCCACACCAAGAUUGAGUGAGGACAAAGUGAAACAAUGUGUUGAUCCAAAACUCAAGGGAGAGUAUCCGCCAAAAGGGGUGGCCAAGUUGGCAGCUGUUGCAGCAUUGUGCGUGCAGUAUGAAGCAGAGUUUCGCCCGAAUAUGAGCAUUGUUGUCAAGGCUUUGCAGCCUCUCUUGAAGUCGACUGUCCCUGCUCCUGAGAUUUAA